UCAUUUAUUAUUUAAUUUAUUUAUUUAUGUUUCUUACAAUCCGAAUUUCGUCGUCUUGCUUGGUACUCACUCUCUGUAGCUAUUUCAGAUUUUCGAAGUCAAUUUACAUUCUAGGGUUUCGUGUUUUUUCAAUAAUCUUUUUGUUCUGAUCCGAAUGAACCUAGUUUAGGAGGGAGCAUUUGAAAUGUCUGAGAAUAAUCACGUUGCAGAGCAAGAUUCGGAUUCGGAUCCUCAUUUGGGAACCCAAUCAAAUGGGGAAACAGAAUCUACCAUUGACCAGGUAACUCAUGUUGAUCUCCAAGAUGAAGUUUUGGAAGAGGCUGAAGAUGGGAUGUUUGAAGAUUGCCCUGACGAGCUAAACUCGUUCGAUGGUAGGCAAAAGGAAGAAGAAGCUGUAGAUACUGAAAAUGGAGAUGAGAAGGAAGAGGAAAGUCAAAUUCUUCAUAUACAACAGAGUGGCGCAGCGGGGGAGCUGGAACAGCUGCGUAUUAAGUUUGAGAAUGCUGUUGCUGAGAAAGAAAGUGUCGUGGAGGAAUAUCAGGAACUUUUAUCGGCGAGGGACCGUGAGAUAGAGAAUCUAAAUGCAAAGGUUUCUGAAUUAGUGUUAUCCAAUGAGAGUUUGCAAGUUUCGUCACAAGCUCGGUUUGAAAAAGAUGGUCAUAUUGAUGAUGUGGUGGAUAGGAUAAUAUAUUCUCUUGCAACUGUUGUUAAUCGAGAGCAAGUAUCGGAUGAUUCUAGAAGUGGGAAAAUAGUUUAUAUUGAAGAAAAUACUGCACUUUUGAUUGAAAAGUAUAAUCAGUUUCUUUCUGAAAUUUAUCAACUUGGGCAGUCGUUUUCUGAGGUUGGCUUGGGUAGUAUAGCGAAUGAAUAUGGGAACAUACUUGUUGAUGCUCGAGGUGGUUUGCUAGAGCUCAAGAGAAAGGAAGAAGAAUUGAGUCAAAAACUGUCUCAUUUAGAAGAUGAAAAUCGGAAGCUGGUUGAAGAGCUUGACAAGGAAAAGGUGAUAAUAGGGACAUUGAACACUGAGCUUGGAAAUGUAAAAGUAGAACUAGAGCAGGAAAAGGUUAAAUGUGCUAAUACCAAAGAGAAGCUUAGUAUGGCUGUGACAAAAGGAAAGGCCUUGGUCCAGCAGCGAGAUUCACUGAAGUCAUCUCUGGCUGGUAAAUCCAGUGAGCUUGAGAAAUGUUUAAUUGAACUGCAGGAGAAAUCAGCUGCACUAGAAGUUGCUGAACUUACUAAAGAAGAGUUGGCCCAGAGUGACAAUAUGGUUGCAUCCCUGAAUAAUUCAUUACAACAAAGUCAUGCAAUUUUUGAGCAAGUAGAAGAAAUCUUGUCUCAUGCAGAACUUGAUCAGCCUGAAAUGCUUGAUUUGCCAGAGAGACUAAGAUGGCUUGUGGAUGACAGAAAUAAACUUAAGGGCGCCUUCCUGGAACUACGCAAAUUGAAGGAUUCUCUUUCUCUACUAGACUUUCCAGAGUCUGUUUCAUCAUCUGAUCUGGAAUCACAAAUGAACUGGCUUAUAGAUUCUUUCCGUAAGGCCCACAAUAAUAUUUAUGCUCUACAGGAAGAAGUUUCUACAAUCAAGGAAGCAUCCAUAAAUCAUAUUGAUCAGAUGAGUAUUUCACUUUUGGUGGAUUCACAGGAAAAAGAUUACCUUCAGGCUGAAUUAGCAGAUUUGAGGUUUGAAUAUGGCGAGCUAGUUGGCAAGAACCAUCAGAUUUCUUUGGAGAAGGAUCAGAUAGUGAAAAUGUUAAUUGAUUUUUCCGGUCUAAACAUGAAUGAUGAAGGAAUUGAUCAGUUCUCUUCCACCACUUUGAUGAUCAUUGACUUAUGUUUUCAAAAAUUGAAAGGACAGAAUGGUUCCCCCUCCGAAGCAUCUCAUAUUGAUUACGCAUUGUUUGAAAAGAUUCAAAGUCUCCUGUAUGUCAGGGAUCAGAGCUUAAUGCUCUACGAAGACAUACUUGAAGAAGAUUUUCUAAUUAGAUCUGAUGUGAAUAUGCUGACAAAAGAGUUAAAAGUGGUAUCUGAGGAAGUUAUAGCUCUGAAAGAAGAAAGGAGUUCUCUGCUGAAAGAUCUUGAACGAUCAGAGGAAAUUCAAAGUCUACUGUAUGUCAGGGAUCAGAGCUUAACGCUGUAUGAAGACAUACUUGAAGAAGAUUUGCUAAUUAGAUCUGAUGUGAAUAAGCUGUCAAAUGAGUUAAAAGUGGUAUCUGAGGAAGUUAUAGCACUGAAAGAAGAAAGGGAUUCUCUGCUGAAAGAUCUUGGACGAUCAGAGGAAAAGACUGGCAUGCUCAGGGACAAGUUGUCCAUGGCAGUUAAGAAAGGAAAGGGAUUAGUUCAAGAUAGGGACAAUCUAAAAGGUAUUAUAAAUGAAAAGAACUCAGAGAUUGAGCAGUUGAAGGUUGAUUUACAGAAGCAUGAAUCUGAAGUUUCUGAAUACAAGGAUGAGAUCAAGAGAUUGUCCAGUGAUUUGGAAAGCAUUCCUAAACUAGAGGCUGAUCUUCUGGAAAUAAAAAUGGAAAAGAAUCAGUUUGAACAGUUUUUGAUGGAGAGCAAUAACAUGUUGCAGAGAGUGAUGGAAUGCAUUGAUGGUAUCGUUCUUCCAGAUGAUCCAGUUUUUGGGGAACCUAUAGAUAAGGUGAAGUGGCUUGCUGGUUUUGUCAAUGAUUGCCAAGAUGCUAAGGUGCAUGUAGAGCAACAGCUGCAGUUAGUUAAGGAUGAAGCCAAUAUACUUGAAGUUAAAUUGGCAGAAACCCAAGAAACUGUAAACUCCCUAGGGCAAAGAUUAUCUUCUUCAGAGGACACUGUUUCUCAACUUGCUGAAGAAAAGAUAGAGUUAGAACGCGAGAAAGAAAAAGCUGUGGAAGAGUUACAGAAAGUUAAAGAAAAAAUUGCUGAAGCUUGCAGUACUAGUAAGUUACUUGAAGACGCCUUAUCACAGGCAGAGAAAAAUAUUUCUGCGCUUUCUGAAGAGAAAGAGCAGGCUCAAAUAUCUAGAGUUGCUGCAGAGACAGAGUUAGAGAGAGUUAGAGAUGAAGCAGUCAGGCAGACAGGAGAACUAGCAGAGGCCAGCAGAACCAUAAAGGAUCUCGAAGUUGAACUAUCUCAGGUUGAGAGUAAGGUCAAUUUUUUGACUGAAAAGUAUGAUGCGGAUCAAGUUGUCAAGACUGAUCUGGAAAAUGAAUUGAGGAAGCUGCAAGAUGAAGCAGCAAAUAAUGCUAGUAAAUCAGUUGAUGCAGAGAUAGAGUUAGAGAGAGUUAGAGAUGAAGCAGUCAGGCAGACAGGAGAACUAGCAGAGGCCCGUAGAACCAUAAAGGAUCUAGAAGUUGAACUGUCUCAGGUUGAGAGUAAGUUCAAUUUGUUGACUGAAAAAAAUAAUGCUGAUCAAGUUGUCAAGACUGACUUGGAAAAUGAAUUGAAGAAGCUGCAAGAUGAAGCCGAAAAUAAUGUUAGUCAUUCAGUAGGUUCGUCUGCUACUAUAAUAUCACUGGAAGAUGAAUUGUUGAAGGCUCGAGAUGAUAUUUCUACCCUAGAAAAUGCAAAUGAAAUUGCCAAACAGGAAAUAUCUUCGCUCAGUUCAAAGUUAAGUUCAUACAUGCUUGACUUAUCAGAAAAGAAUGGCCGCCUAAGUACCAAAUCCCUAGCACUCCUUACAUCCUUUAAUUAUCUUCUGACACUUAUUAGAGACGAUGCUCUAUUUUUCAAGAUAAAACAAUCCUUUGAGACGAAAUGUGAGACCUUGAAGAAAGUGCAUCUCACUGUGAACAAAGUAAAUAGCUAUCUUACCCUGGCUGCUAAGGAUUCCGAAGGGCACCUUGAGAUGGAGGAAGAUCCACCCGUAAGAAAACCAUUUACGGGCAUCCUUGAAAAAUUUGAAGUUGAAAUAGACAAAGGAGAGACUAUUACUAUUGACACCAUAAUCUCAUCAAUUGGAAAAAUUGCAGACGAAUUAAUGUUGAGAAGCAAACAUAUUGCAGAUACGUUUAAUGAAUUUUCGGAUUCUAUUGAUGAAUUUCUUUCUCCUCUCCCUGGAAAACUACUGGAAACUGAGUCAAAUAUAAUAGCUAUUGUUGAGCACAUGAAAAUAAUGAAAGAUGAGGCAAAUAGUGUGGCAAAGUUGAACGAAGAAAAGGAUAAUAUUAUCGCCUUCUUAGAGAAUGAUAUCAAUUUAUUGCUGUCGUCAUGCACUGAUUCUACCAAUGAACUUCAGAAUGAAGUUCACCAAAAUCUUGGGCAACUUGGCUCCACUUUUGAGGUCGAGAAGUUCAACCAUGAAGCAGAUGAACAAGUAGAACAUCAUAGAAACAGUAAAUAUGCAGACGCAUCAAGAAAGUUGAUAAAUGCUUCUGGAAAAGUUCAAACUUUGAUUAAACAGUUCAAAUAUAAAAGUGAGCAAGCAGAUACAACAGUUAGAGAUUUGCAGGCCAAAUUGAAUGAAACCACAGUUGCUUUUGAAUUGGCUACAGAGGAGAAAGACGUCAAUAAGAACAGAGUUUUGCAGUUGGAGUCUGAUAUUCAAUCACUCGAAAUUGUUUGCAGUGAGCUUAAGGAUAAGGUAGAGGGUUAUCACGGCCUAGAAGAAAAACUAAAGGAAAAAGAGGAAGAGAUUUCAUCAAUGCACAGUGCUUUGAUGGCAAAAGAAGAAGAAAGCUCUAUCCUCUCAGCAUCUCAGUUAAGAGAUAUCUUUGACAAGAUAGAUAGGAUCGAUAUCCCUAUUGUAGAGUCUGAAGAUGAUUUGGAGAUACAUACUUCAGACCCUGUGAAGAAGCUCUCUUACAUUAUUGAUAGUGUUACAAGGUUGCAUCAUCAGAUGAAUUCUCUGUCUCAUGAUAAAAAAGAGAUGCAAACAAUCCUUGAUACUAAGGUUCUUGAAAUUAAUGAUCUAAAGGAGGAAGUCAAACAACUCAAUAGACACUGUGAAGACUCAAAAAUGGUCAAAAGCGAACUUUUUGAACUGACCUCUGUCUUGGAAAAAAUUAUAGAUAUUUUGGGAGCCAACGACUGGGUUGUAGAUAGAAAAUCUAAAGGUGUUAAAGAAUUAUUGCCAGCAUUGGAAAAGCAUAUCAUUGCCAUUCUUUCGGAAUCUGAAAAUUCAAAAUCUAAGGCCCAGGAACUUGGUAUUAAAUUAGUUGGAAGUCAGAAGGUUAUUGAUGAAUUAACGACCAAGGUUAAUUUACUUGAAGAUUCAAUUCAAGAUAGGAAUUCUCAGCCAGAAAUUGUCCAGGAAAGGAACAUAUACGAAGCACCCUUAUUACCUGCUAGCUCCGAGAUAACUGAAGUUGAAGAGGGAUCUCGUGGCAAUAAAAAAUUAUCUCCUGUCCCAUCGGCUGCUCACGUGCGAAGUAUGCGAAAAGGAUCUACUGACCAUCUUGCACUUGAUAUUAGUAUGGAGUCUGAUAAUUUAAUCAGCAGUACUGAUACCAACGAUGAUAAAGGUCAUGUAUUCAAGUCUCUGAACACUUCUGGAUUCGUACCGAAACAAGGAAAGCUCAUUGCAGAUCGUAUUGACGGAAUAUGGGUAUCUGGUAGCGGUAUUCUCAUGAGUCGCCCGAGAGCAAGAUUGGGACUCAUCGGCUAUAUCCUAAUCAUGCAUAUAUGGCUACUGGGAACAGUAUUGUAGAAAAACUGUGAUCUAUCCAAUAUAGAAUGCUCAACACACAAUGGCCUUCAUCUGCAAAUUCCAAUGUAGAUACAGUAUCAAUGUCCAUCUGCUUCUAAAUGAAGCCUACCCUGUUCUCUAUUAGUUCUCUGCAAUCACAUUUUAGGGAUUGAGAGAUUUUAGUUUUCAUGUUUGACCUCAGUUUCUAACAUUGUAUUAGCCCUACAUUUGUUACAAUAUUAAGGGAUAUUGUAGGUAGAAAAUAGGUAGAUGAAUUUUUUUCACUUGUUAGUAGUAUAAUAAAAAUGUAGAAAAAAUUUUAUAGUGACA